GAAACACUAACAUGGCAAUACUUAAGGAUAGAUUCAACCAAUCACACGGCAUCCACGUGUUCCAGGUGCUGCACGGCUGCGAGUAUGACGACGACAGCGUCUCAAAGUCAGGCUUCAACCAUCACAGUUAUGAUGGCGACGACACGCUGUUUCUAGACAUGGAGAACCGGCGGUGGAUCUGGCUCCAGUCUCAGCUGGAGGCCACUGUCCGCAAGUGGAACCUCAAUGAAGGCUGGCUGGAGUUCAUGGACCAUCGCUUGCUUGAGGAAUGUCCUCAGCGCCUUUGCAAGAUGCUGGAAUAUGGGAAGAGCGUCCUGCAGAGAACACAGAGGCCCCUGGUGGCUCUGCUGCAGACGCAGCCAUCGGCGCCGGUUACAUGUCACGCCACGGGAUUCUACCCCAACAUAGUGGACAUGUUCUGGAUGCGCGACGGUGAACAGCUUCACGACCAUGUGAAGCACGACCAGCUGCUCCCCAACCACGACGGAACUUUCCAGCUCAGCGUUUUCCUGAAUGUGAGUGCUGUGCCACCUGAAGACUGGCACCGCUAUGCGUGCAUCUUCAGGCUCGAAGGACUUCCCGAUAAGAUCAUCACCACACUGGACGCCGCCAAAAUCGAAACAAACUACGUGAAGCCUGUGGAUCACACUAUCAUCAUUGUGGCCACAGUCGUGUUCGUCGCCACCAUGGUGCUAUCGGUGGGCGUUGGCAUUUUUGUUUACAGAAGACGACAGGCCCAAUUGUUGUAACGGAAUGUCACCGCGGCAACAAGCGAAUGGGAUAUGUGGGGACCGAAAUUGCCAAAAUUUGGAGUAUGAGAAUAAUCUACACAUGGCCAAAUAUUGCUUGGACUUUAGGGCAAAGAUUAAAAAACAAGGCAAUUUACACACAACCACUAGGGAUUUAUUCGAUGCUGGCUAAUGUCGAAUUCCUGAAUAAGCACACACUACAAGAUUGGAUUGUGGAGAAACCUGCCCAAGCUAACUAAAACCUGCACCCCGGACUGGACUUCAAUCAGUUACAUAUUACACACUGUGUAGAUAU